AAUAAAGCUAGGAGCAUGUACUUGACAAGGACCCAAGGGGGAGAAGAGUGAAAGAGGAGCAGCUGUUGGAGGAGGAGAGUUAGACAAAGGAGGGGGGGCUGUCCUUGCUUGCUCUUCAUUCUGAGGUCUGUAUGUGGGAGGAGGCAGUGGGAGAGCUGGAGCAAGAGGGGGAACAAGAGAAGAAAAGAGCAGGGACCAUGCUGCAGUGGAGGACUAUUCCUUGGCUCUGCGCUCUCCUGCUGGGGCUGAUGGGGCUCCCGACGUCGGGCUCCGACUUCCAGCAUCACCAAUACGAGGACAUGGUGAGAGCCCUGUUUGCAGUGCAGAGCGAAUGCCCCUACAUCACUCGCCUCUACAGCAUCGGGCGCAGCGUGGAGGGGCGCCACCUCUAUGUGCUGGAGUUCAGUGACAACCCAGGAAUCCAUGAAGCUUUGGAGCCGGAGUUCAAGUACAUUGGCAACAUGCACGGCAACGAGGUGCUCGGCCGUGAACUCCUCAUCAAGCUCUCACAGUUUCUAUGCGAGGAGUACCGUGCUGGAAACCAGCGGAUCACGAGGCUGAUCCAUGACACUCGCAUCCACAUCCUGCCCUCCAUGAACCCUGACGGCUAUGAAGUGGCAGCCAGACAGGGUCCAGAGCUGAAUGGAUAUCUGGUGGGUCGAGGGAAUGCCAGAGAGAUUGAUCUGAAUCGAAACUUCCCAGACCUGAAUGCACUUCUGUACUACUAUGAGAAAAACAAUGGAAGAAACCAUCACCUUCCUCUGCCAGACAACUGGGAACUUCAGGUUGAACCUGAGACUCUGGCAGUUAUAAAAUGGAUGCAAAACUACAAUUUCGUCUUGUCUGCCAAUCUCCACGGAGGAGCAGUGGUGGCCAAUUACCCCUUCGACAAAUCAAGAGACCCUCGCAUUCGAGGGAGGAACACAUACGCAGCCACUCCGGAUGACAAAAUCUUUAGGCAGUUGGCAAGGACCUACUCGUACGCUCACAGCUGGAUGCACAAAGGCUGGAACUGUGGAGACUUCUUUAACGAAGGGAUUACCAAUGGAGCAAGCUGGUACUCUCUAUCUAAAGGCAUGCAGGACUUCAACUACCUGUAUACGAACUGCUUUGAGAUCACGCUGGAGCUGAGCUGUGACAAGUUUCCUUCAGAGUCAGCUCUGCCCAGAGAAUGGCUCGCCAACAGAGAAGCACUGGUUUCGUACCUGGAACAGGUGCAUCAUGGGAUAAAGGGCAUGGUGUAUGACGAGAACAACAACCCAAUCAGUAAAGCUGAGAUCUCUGUAGCCGGCAUCAGCCACGAUAUGACAACCGGUGUGGAUGGAGACUAUUUCAGGCUUCUGCUGCCAGGUACGUACACGGUGAAAGCCUCUGCUCCAGGUUACCUCCCUUCAUCCAACACAGUGACGGUGGGACCAGCUGAGGCUAUCCAGCUUCAUUUUUACUUGAAAAAAGCUCCAAAACAAAGCCUGAAAGGGAAGCACCAUCAUGGCAAGAAGAACAUUUCCGUCCACAAGGCCUCACUGAAGCUCGGCCCAAGAUAAAACCUGCACCCUAACCCAAAACUCAGACAUCACACAGAAGUUAACACAGAGACUCAGACGUGGUCCCACUUAAGACAUACUCCAGCAUAUAAAUUAUGUAAAUGAUAUACGUUCAUGAUAUAUCUUUGUAGUCUUAUGGUAAUUAUGUAAUAAAAAAAAAAAAUUCUGUUGAUUAUAAACAGUUUCAUCUGUAUGAAAGAAUUGUUCCAAGCCUAAAGUAUUUAUGUAACAGUGUUGAUAUGUAUGAACACAGCCGUUUGUGUAAAAAACAACUUUUUUUGUUGUUUUGGUUGCACAGAAUUUGUGGAAAAUUUAAAAAUUAAAAGAAUGUUUUUACAA